AUGAUCGAUCUCAUCAUUUUUCUCAUCGAUUUCAAAACACAAAUUAAUGAUUCUGAAGAUAAUGCACUUUUUUCACUUCCAUUCUUGAAUUGUGUUAGUCUUUCCGAAAGGUCUGGUAUGCGUCAAGUGUGUUACUCUAUCGUGAACAGAUUGGUCCAGGCUCUUUCGGUACGCUUCUCAAAUCCAACAGGAAAAAUCAAAGAAGAAUAUUUGAAGUUAAACGGGUUUGCAAAGGAAAACGAAUUGUCAAUUAACAGUUUAGAUGACUUCACGAAAUUGGGUGAAAAGGAACGUAAACCCGAAUUCAUGGUCGCGUUAAAUUCUUGUUUUCUUUCAGAAUAUGAGAAAGUAAAACAAAACACUUCUUCUGAGUUAAACAUGGAAAUAACAAGAUUUAAUGAGUAG